UCACUUUUUAAUACCUUUAACUGAUCUUAUGGUAGCUGCUAAUGGCUAUGAUGUAUUUACAAUUGGUGGCACUACUUAUGGUAAUUAUUUAAGAAGAUAUCAUGCAUUCCUAAAAAAGAAAAUGAUGAAAGAUUGA